GUCAUCUCUUGGCCCCGCCCCGCACGUCCCUGCUCAACCUCUCUCUCGGGCUGUGUGCUCGUAGCUUUGCUGAGGAGAACAAAUGCUCACGGUUUGACUCGCUCGGCUCUUCUCAAACUUACUUAGACGCCCCCAAGAUACUUCCCACCGUCGAGGAUGGCUUCCGCCGCGACCACCGACGCCAACGAACAAGACUCCGCCAAAGCCGGCGAUCAGAACGGCGAGGAGAGCGGCGAGGGCCUGCUGCGCGCUCCCGAUCAGGAACCGGGUGAGGGCGAGAGCGUUAAAAUGGACGAGAACUGCGAGCUCGACGGAGCGACAGGCAAAGAAGAAGCCCUGGCCGAGGCUAGCGAGUCCGCGGAGAGCCCGUCGAGCGGUGAGGCUGAAGCGGAGGAGCUGAAGAAAUGCCCCGAGCAGAAGAGCUCAGAGAGCGGGGAGAACUCGGCGGCCGUGCCGGGGGAGCUAAAGCAAGAACAAAGAGAGGAGGAGAGCGUGUCCUCGCCGGCCGAGUGCCCCAGCAGUAAAGGUGAAGAGUGUCCGGACAAAACCGGCAGCGGGAUAAAGAGGAGAGCCAGCGUGGAGAUGUCCUCCUCCUCCGAUGGAGAACCCCUGAGCCGGAUGGACUCUGAGGACAGUAUCAGCAGCACUUUGAUGGAUAUGGAGAGCACUGCAUCCAGUGGACGCUCCACACCGGCCAUGAUGAAUGGCCAUGGAGGGGCCGCUGUUCCAUCAACCAAAGGCUCAUCAUAUCCAUGUUGCUGGGACCAGUGUCCACUACUCUUCACCAGCAGCCCGGAUCUGGCAGAACACAUUCGUGGAAUUCACGUGGAUGGCCAGCGUGGUGGGGUUUUUGUGUGUCUGUGGAAAGGCUGUAAGGUGUACAAUACUCCGUCCACCAGCCAGAGCUGGCUCCAAAGACACAUGCUGUCCCACAGUGGAGACAAACCUUUUAAGUGUGUAGUGGGUGGAUGCAAUGCCACUUUUGCCUCCCAGGGGGGGUUAGCACGCCAUGUGCCCACCCACUUCAGCUCACAGAACUCAUCCAAGCUGUCAAGCCAAGCUAAGCUAAAAGAAGAGUCUCCUUCAAAAGCGGGCAUCAACAAGAGAAGGAAGCUUAAGAACAAACGAAGGAGGUCAUUACCUCGGCCGCAUGACUUUUUUGACGCACAAACUAUGGAUGCCAUUCGUCACCGCGCCAUCUGUCUCAAUUUGGCAACUCACAUUGACAGCCAGGGCAAGGGCCAUAGUGUGGUGUUUCACAGCACGGUCAUUGCAAGGCGGAAGGAGGAUUCUGGGAAGGUGAAGGUGCUGUUACACUGGACCCCAGAGGAUAUACUGCCAGACUCAUGGGUAAGCGAGAGCGACCGUCCACAAAUGAAGACCAAAGUGGUGCACCUUUCCCAGCUGCCCCAGGACACAGCUGUGCUACUGGACCCCAAUAUCUACAGGAUGUUUUUCUAGGAGUCAGAGGAGCUCCAUUGUCAUCACCUGCUGAUGUGCCCAUCUGAAGUGGACAAGCGGAUCUAGACACAAGAAUGUUGUUUUUUUAUUUUUAUUUUUUUUCCUCUCUCUGUAUCCCUGAGUUUUAAUGCCCAGAUCUGCCAAAGCAUGCAGUAUAAGUUUUAUGUGUUUUUGUCCUUGGAAAAAUUGCAACAGCAAACUUUGUGGUGCUUGACUUUUCUUGGAAGAUUUGUCUUAUACCACCCCAGGAUUGAAACUAAACUGCUCUCCCAUCAUUAACAGCCCUCCUUUUGAGCUUUAUAGACAUUUGUUGAGAAAGUGCCCAUGUAAAUAUCCCUGGAGAUUUCCUGGAGAUUUGUAAUAUAUUUUUGUACUGCAAAAUUUUACUGUACUGUAGAUAGUUGUAAUAUUCCACAAGUGUACUGUACAGAAUGAUGGAAUGGUUAGAUGAUUAGUUUUGUUGUUUUUAUAGUCUGUUGAAGACUAGAUAUAGUAAUCCCCUUCUCAGUCCAGUGUUUGUCUUGUACUGCUACAUUGUGCUCCAAUGGUAAUAGAUAAGGAUGUAAAUCUUAAUAUGUGUGCUCUUUGUAUGUGACCUCUUCUCAAGCUCUAUACAAGCCCAGGAUCAUGCAUACAUCUCUGAUGAAUGGUGCUACAGCUAACACUAGCUUUUUAGUGUAUAGAAAAAGCUUUUAGAUUGAUUAUAACGGUGCUCUUUACUUAAUGGAGUACCCAAGCCGACUGUACUGUUGGACCCUAACUUUGUAGUAAAGCAGAAAAUGAUCCAAAAA